UUGAUCAAGACUUCGCUCAUGGUCCUUUAUCUUCGGAUAUUCGGCAAGAUUGGACAUAUCCGAAUUAUCAUCGCGGUCGUCAUGGUGAUAGUGUGGGGCUGGGCAUUCAGCAUCGUCAUCGAAGGGUUCCUUCUUUGCCGUCCACUAGCCUUCAAUUGGGACCAAACACUUCCGGGCGGCGUAUGCGGAGACCGAAAUGCGGCAUUCGUUGCAGCCGGAGCAUUAAACAUGAUUACGGACGUCAUGGUUCUUGUUCUGCCCAUACCAUACAUCUGGGCACUUCAAGUGCCGGCAUCGCGCAAGUUUGGUCUUUGCCUGAUCUUUUGCCUCGGCUUGUUUGUCAGUAUCGUGAGCAUAAUACGUAUGGAUAGUCUGGUCAAGUUGGACCUUUCCGACGUGACGUAUAACAUACCCAAUGUUCUAAUGUGGAGCGUCAUCGAACCCGAGCUGGCUCUCAUUGGCGCUAACCUGCCACUGCUUCGUCCCCUGUUCGCAAGAGUAUUCGAUCAAUUCGCUUCGACUCGCGACCAGUCUUGUUCGCGUCCUUCCCGUCUAAGUAAUAAGCAUCGAUUCGGAAGUCUGAGCAAUCGGGGUUGGUAUGCUAUGGGCGCGGUAAAGAAAGAUGUUUGUCAAACUGGCGCCUCACAGGAUGACUUGCAAUCUUUGGAGUCGAGUGUUGGCAUCGUGGCUCAUACUACAAAAGCUAGCGGGACUAAUUUCGAUGCUGAAUAA